GAAACUUUCUCUCUUUUUCUUCCUUUAUCCCCAGAUAUUGUGAAACAGCGGCAGGCGGCGACGGGAGUCGCACUGAUCUCAUCUCUCUGCCUCUACUGUCACCUCCCUGGGGGAAGCUGCGUGAGGGAACCCUUCUUCAAGGUGCCCAGGGGCCACCGGUGGGGGGCAGUUCAGUGUGGUGGUGGGGAGGGGGGGCGAGGGAGGAGGAGGAAGAGGGGGGCAACCCGGUCGCUCCUGCCGCCUAGCAGCAGCAACAGCAUUAGCAACAGUAUUAGCAGCGGCAGCAGCAGCGGCAGCAUUAGCAGCAGCACCACACUCAGGUCAGGCAGCGGGACUCCAGGCUCUCACUUCCCCAGCUGCUGACGUCAGCUGGCAGCCUGGGCUGUGCUCGCCGCUCCGCUCACAGCGCCCGAGAAAAAUGCUGCUCUCCGUACCGCCAAGGGCAGGAAUCAACCCCUACAACGGCUACAACAACAGGACCAGCAAAAAGGCUUAUGUGUCCUCCGGCCACCAAAUGGCACCCCCUAGUCCCAACACCAACAGUAGCAGCAACAGCAGCAGUGGAGGAGGGGAACAGCUGAGUAAAACCAAUCUGUAUAUACGUGGGCUGCAUCCAGGGACGACAGACCAAGACCUGGUCAAACUCUGCCAGCCGUAUGGCAAGAUUGUGUCAACCAAAGCCAUCCUGGACAAAACCACCAACAAAUGUAAAGGGUAUGGCUUUGUAGACUUUGACAGUCCAGCAGCAGCACAGAAAGCUGUCACAGCCCUCAAGUCCAGUGGGGUCCAGGCUCAAAUGGCCAAACAACAGGAGCAGGAUCCCACCAACCUCUACAUCUCCAACCUGCCAGUGUCUAUGGACGAACAAGAGUUGGAGAGCAUGUUGAAGUCCUUCGGUCAGGUCAUUUCCACACGCAUCCUGAGGGAUGCCAACGGGACCAGUCGUGGGGUGGGAUUUGCCAGAAUGGAAUCUACGGAGAAAUGUGAAGCCAUUAUUCAGCAUUUCAACGGGAAAUUUAUCAAGACUCCCCCCGGAGUGCCUGUGCCCACAGAACCCUUGUUAGUGAAGUUUGCAGACGGUGGACAGAAGAAGAGGCAGAAUCAGGGGAAGUACCUUCAGAAUGGAAGACCCUGGGCCAGAGACGGAGACACGGGAGGAAUGACGCUUGCCUAUGACCCUACAGCUUUACAAAAUGGCUUCUACUCCUCACCCUACAGUCUGGCUCCAAACCGAAUGAUCACUCAGACGUCCCUCUCACCGUACAUGCAUUCUCCUGUCUCAUCUUACCAGGUACACAGCCCGUCUUGGAUGCAUCAUCAGUCAUACCUCAUGCAGCCAGCUGGUACAGUUCUCACCCCCACCAUGGAUCACACUAUGUCUAUCCAGCCCACGUCCAUGAUGGGACCUCUCACCCAGCAGUUGAGCCACCUGUCCCUGGGCAGCACAGGAACGUAUAUACCGGCUAACACAACUAUGCAGGGGACCUACAUCCCCCAGUACACCCCAGUGCCUCCCUCUAAUGUUCCAGUUGAGGAGAACGGUGGCCAACAGCAACAGGUUGCUAUGGAGAACCCUGCAGAACACACAAACUACUCAUACCAACACACCAAGUGAAGCUAAGCAGAGUGGGGCCAAGGGCUUGUACUGAAUCCAGGUAGUGGAUUCAUCUGGAAGAGAUCUGAGCUCCAGACCAUCAUCAAACACCUGGACUUGAACACGGAUUACAAAAGGAAUGUGUGUGUGUGUGUGUGUGUGUGUGUGUGUGUGUGGUCAGGCACAUCUGUGCAUUUGUGUGUGAAUGUUUUUUUUUUGUUUUUUUUUUAAACACAACACUUACUUCAUUAGAACUUCAUGCUCACAUAAUCAAGAGUUCUUGAUCUACCAAAGGUGGGAAUCUUCUCCUUCUCCUCCUUCUUCUUCCUCUCCUCCUCCUCCUCCUCCCUCUUCUUCUUCUUCUUCUUCAGAGAAGCUCUGAUCUAUUUUGUUAACUGAAAAAGGAUCAAAUCAAGACGUUUAGGAAAACAAAACUUUAGAGAAGAGAAGAAGAGACACAGAGCAUUAUUUUUGUGCACGAAAUAUAGGGGGAAAAAAAUCGUAUUUUUAACAAAAACAUUCUGGACGUUUCAGAGUGAUUCACGGAAGAGAUAAAACAUGUAAAAUGUCUUUUAGUUUUUUUGUUUUUUUUUGUAAAAUAUGCAAACUUUAAUUUUUUAUUUUCUGGUGUCUGUUGUUUGACAUUCAAUUUGCAGCAAAAGGGUGGUGCGGGGCAACAAUUUGUACAAUUUUAAAGAAAAUUACCAACCUUUUUUUGCUGGUCUGUUGUGUUGUCAACCCUGAGAGGAGAAACCGUUUAAAGCUACUUCUACCUGAAACUGCUGCAGAGAUUCGUCCUCACAGACACACGAGAACCCGAACCGUGACUGUGCAGAGUUGAGUCCAGUGAGUUUUCUUAAAAUAAAAAUGUAAACCAUUCUCUUUAUCAGUGAACAAAAAGACAAUCAAUCGAUUCUAUUUAUAUUUGAAUGAUAGUUGUGUUUUUAUAGUGUUUAGAUCAUGACAACAUUUAUGGAAAUGUUAUUUAAUACUGUAGCCUGUAGAGAAGAUCAUCUCCGGUCCAAACCAUCACCACCACCACGAUGAGCUCUGACUACACCAGAAAUUCUAAUGUGCUUUUUUUUUUUUUUUUUUUCAAAAAGGGUUGAUGACGUUGAUGAGUUUAGCUCCAUUUUUCGAAGCGACUCGCGUUCACAGCCUGCUCUGUUUUAACAUGACUCCAUCCAACAUCCGUGGGAAGUGGUUUUAAGCGGUUUUAUUGUGGCAAACCUUCAGGUAUCAUUCGAGUCAUCCUGCGUCUGAGGGAUGAACGUGCUUCACAUCUGAGCAGUCGGAAAACACGACGUGUACAAAGAACUGGGCAGUUACACAGUCGAGAUGUAGUUUAGUCAAAAGCAAUAAGGGGAAAUCAGACGGAGGACUAAAAGAAAAAAAAAAGAGAGUUUUUUUUUUUUUUUUAGUCUUUUCAAUGCUGCUGUUGUCACCUGAGUUUGAUUCUGUCUGUCUGUGAUUUUGUUUUUGUUUGUUUUAGUUUCUAGAAAGUAAAAUGUCUUCUGUUUUUUUUUCUUGUCUGUCACUUGAAAGAAACACUUUUUUGCCUUAUUUUUGAUGACUUUGUCUUUGAAGUAUAUACGAUUUUAACUCUGUAGAUUUUAGCUUUUUUUUUUUUUCUAGCGUGUAGAUGUUAGAGUCUCCUAAAGCUGUUGUUCCACACACACACAUCAGGGUUUUUUUUUUCCAUUUAGCUUCACAAACAAAUCGUCAUCUUCCUCUUCAGCGUAUCACUUGUCCUAAUAGUUGGUCAGGUCAAACUUUUGACCCUGUUUACACAGGAAGUUGGUACUCUUCAGAAAAAUGUCAAAACAACUACAUUUGAGUUUAAGAAGAAACAGUUUUGUGUCACAAGAUCGGGUUUUAAAAGAGCAUCUAAGGUUUUUUGACAAAAGCGUAACCAAUUGUUAGAUUUCUUAGUUUAUUUUUCACUGCGUUUUCUGAAGGAGUACCAACUUGUUCGAACGUUGGGUUAGUGUGAGCGUAUUUAGUGCUGUUUAUCAAACCAAUAUAAGAAAUGGACGAAGCCAUCGAUGGUGUCAAUUUGUAGCAUCGAUGUUAAACAAUGAAAACCAUCAGGAUGUUUUUUGUUGUCAGGUGUCCGCCGGUGACACCUGCAGCUGGGAUCAAACCAACAUGGCACCACGACGGCCGGUGCUGAGAAGAUAAACGUCUCAUGGCAAUGUUGACAGAUGUUGCUGACAACUUUGUUUUAGUUCCUUCGUUUAUGCCCCACCAGGGGGCUACGGUGGUGCAGUUGUAGGAAUUCUCUGUAGUUCAGAGAUUUUCUACUGGUUUCUGUCUUGUGGAAGUCUGAUUUAUUUCUUCCAUUAUUCUAAAACAAAUUUGGCUUUUUGUCCACAUGCGGUUGUCCAUAAUGUUGUGGCGUUGACACUGUCUGCCUGUAGUUGUUGCUGGUCUUCAAUAGUCCUUUAACUCCCCAUCACUCUCCCCAUCAAGCCCAGUGUUUUAGCUCCCUCUGCAGCUGCCCCCCCCCCCCUUUUAUUAUUCCUGGGGCAUCACUAUUGUCCUCCGAUGGCUCCGUCCAUGUCUUGCGUUGGUCUGUGGUGCUGAUCUUAGAGUCGUUCUGAUGCUGCGUCAGUGUUGUGGCUCCAGAAGACUUCAUCCACAUGAGCCCAGGUGUGUUUCAGUCAUUUAUGUCGAGUGAAGCUGAAGUCACUUCGUACAGUUGAAAAUAGAAAACCGUAGAUUUUAGAAAGGAUGAUAAAAAAAAACAAUUGUUCGCUCAUAAUCAGUGGAAGUGCCAUUACUGAUGAGCCGUGCAGCCUUUGGUGAGACGUUGGCUCUAAAUGAAUUUGCGAGCGAUUCGAAACUCAAAAAAACAACAAACCCUAUUAUUAGCUCAGCCUUAAUGUUCUUACUCUCUGAUGAAACUGCCUGAUCUCUUGUAGAAUUGACGACGAGUUGUAAAUAUGUGUGGCAGAAAAGGCAACAGGCUUGUUUGAAGGCCACAGAGCUGGCGGUCACGGAGGUCAUGACAGCUGUAGGGUAACGUAGAACUUUUACCCCUCACUCUUGAGUCAUUCAUGUCUGAAUCCACUGUGAAACACAGUUUUUUGAAACAUGCAGUUUAAUUCUGCUUCUGACCCUGAUUUGUUUUUUUGUUUUUGUACAGUUUUUAUCCACAUUGUUGUUGUUGUUGUUGUUGUUGUUGUUUUGCCGUGUGUUUCUUUUUUCCUCUGUUCAUCUGUGCAACCAAAGAAGUUGUUGGUUGCCUCUCAUGAAGCUCUAAGUCACAGAUAAACUAACGUUCUCUCAAAACACAGUCGGAGCAGCCUAUCUGGAUAGAACGACACUUUUGGUUGCGGCUAAUUCAGAAAGAGAAGGAUUUCACACACACACACACACACAUGCUGGUGUUUGGUAUUUGGAGGUGUGUUUUUUUUAAUACCAAGAAAGUCUGUGUGUUUGUCUUUAUGGUAGAUGUGGACCUGGAGACGUCCGCUGCAAAAGCUGUGGAGCUGCAGUGGGCUGUUCACUGGCUUUGUGACUGGAGACAGUGCUUUACAGAUGCAGUUCAUUCCAUUAACUGUAGAGGGAACCACCUGCUGCUUUAUUAGAUUAACAACAGUCAAACAACACAACCAACAAGUGGCAACAAGUUGAACUCUGAGACGGGGUUAUUUUCUGUCUCCGUGGCACCUGUGACGUGUGGCAGCAUGUCCACACUACGUCGUAGCGAUGCUCCUCAGAUUGUUGUAUAGAAUUCAAGGAGCCGUCAUGUGUUCGUCAGCACUGGACUGCCAAAGAUCACACGAUUGAGCUGCUCGGCCAGCAGUUGAACAAAAACUGCGUUUAUCUCUACAUUUACCUCUGAAAAACCUGCUCAAAAUAUGAGUUCAAGUGCAAUGCAACUUAAGACACUCCCUAUUAUGAUGCAGUGAACUCUGUAAUGGCCUAAGAGCUAUAGUAAAAGCCCAUUUUGUUUGGGUGCUCAUAUAUCUUUUUUUUACUAAGACAACGUAGGAAUAUCUAAUUAGAGAGAUUUUUAUGUUACAUUGCUCUUGUAGCAAUAUUUUGUGCAUUUUAAAAGCAAAAAAAACCUCAGUCAACCAAAAUUUGCGCAGUUAGCCAUUG